ACCACCUCAAACAAUCAGCAACCAUGAACUGCCUCGAAUGGCGAAGGGAAACGCGUAACCUAACGUCUUGGGAAGCAAACCGAGGCUUUUAUUGCCAAAGUUGCCGCAUUUCUACGAUUAAUUCGCGUCGGAAACGCAAUGUCCACCCCGAAACCCACACAGGCGCGAAAGAAGAGGUCCAGCACCCCGCGAGCUAAGACCGGCUGCAGUACUUGUCGAACACGUCAUGUCAAAUGCGAUGAGACACGGCCGUCGUGCCUCAAGUGCAUCAAGGCUGGCUGGAAAUGCGAUGGCUAUCCGUCACCAACCAACUCCGACGGAGCUCCCGCAAACAACUCCCAAAGCCUAGUCACCACAACUUCAACGAAACCCCUCAAUAUUACCACCUACUCCAUUCCCUUCCGAAUUCCGGGAAGCCAGAAGGACCGUCAAAUCCUACACUACUUCUGCGUGCAGGGCUCCUCAGACAUCUCGGGGUUCUUAUCCUCGGAAUUCUGGUCCCAAACCGUCUUGCAAGACAGCCACCGGGAGCCCGUCGUCCGCCAGGCCCUGGUAGCGUUGAGCUCACUUCAUCUGGACUAUGUCACGGCAGAUUCAGUCGAUGCCGAGGUCGCGGGACCGGAAACCUUAGUCCAGUAUGGCAAGGCACUCCGCGCACUCCAGAAACGCCUUGCAACCCCGAGUGAUGAUGCCAGCAGGGUAGCGCUAAUUUGCUGCGUUUUGUUCUACUGUUUUGAAAGCACUGUCGGAAACGCCGAGGCCGCAAUGAAGCACCUCGAAAAUGGUUUGCAGGUCUUGUCUUCUUGCCGGGAGAUGCAAUGUAACAAGGACCAGGGCGAUAUCGGUGAUCUGGAAUCCUUGUCCGGAAUUUUUGCGCGACUGGAUCUGCAGGCAUCUUUGUUUAACGACGGCCGCAUGCCGUUUUUGACUUUAACAUCUGGUGAUGAGCGUGAAUAUGGCAUCGACGGCUUGACAGGUAGCGGGCCCAUUUCCAGCCUUCAAAGCGCCCAAACCGCGUUGGACAAGAUGCAGAAUUGGCUGAUCCGCCUGCUCACCGAUUAUUCUUGUUACAAAGGUCAGGAAUUGGCCGCCAUACCACCCAUCGUUCUCGAAGAAAAGCGAUGCCUAUUUACUGAAAUGCGUCGGUGGUCGCACAAGUUCUCUGCUUGGUGCUCGGCAAACCCAACAACCAAUGAACAGACUCUCUGCUGGAUCCAAAUGCUCCUAGUCAACUAUCGGAUAUCCCAUAUGAUGCUUGAAUCGAUCCUCCCAGACGACCACGAAAUAUUCGGCACCUCGCCCAACCUCGCCGCGCAUGAAGUGCUUGAUCGCGUGGAGAGCGUUCUGCAGGUUGCCCAACAGAGAAAUACCACCGCGGAAGCGGCCAAGAACCCGCGCCGGAACUUCUCAUCCGAGAACGGCAUCGUCAUACCGCUCUUUCUAUUGGCUGUCAAGUGCUCCGACGACUCCGUAGUUGAAAGAGCUAGCCAGUUGCUUGCGGUAUCCAACAGGCGAGAAGGUCUGUAUGACGCCGCGGCCAUGGUCGGAGUCCUGAAGUAUCUCCAUUCGGUCAAAGCAGAAAGGACGUUACUUUUCGAGCGAGAGGGUAUUGAAAACACUGGAAACUCAUCAUUGGAAUAUUGGACACCGGAUGUAAUUGACAAUAGAGAAGGUGGAAUGGAUGGUAUUGGAAAGUCCCCGUCCAAGAGUUCGACGCCCUAUUAGUGUUACCGUUGAGAAUAAGACCAGUCUAUAACUACUCAUACAAAGGUCGCCCGCCAGCUUCAGAUACACCAUUAAAUAAUGGCUGCAAUUGCUUGGGUCAGCAAAACAAGGGAAGCGAUCGAACCCAGCCCAG